AUGGAUAGGGCAAUGGAGCUUGUGAAGAGCAUGGAGGCCUCGGCGGAGCGCAUCGCGCUCGACCCGAAAUACCACGACGCCCUCACGUUGGUCAAGGGCAUACGGAACGGCAUCGUCUACGGGUCCAAAGUGCGGUUUCCGCACGCCCUGGUCCUCCGCACGAAAGCCAAGCUCGUCUUCAAAGCCACGCGGCAGCACGCGCGCAACCUUGGCAUGUUCGCGCUGGUCUACAAGACGGGGAUGCUGCUGCUGCGGCGCAUGUCGCCGACGGGCAAGGAGCAGCACUACGACGCCUUCCUGGCCGGGCUGGCGGGCGGUUACGCCGUCUUCGGCCGCACCAUCAACAGCUCCGUCAGCCAGCAGAUCGUCAUCUAUGUCUUCGCCCGCGUCGUGCUCGCCUACGCGAAGCUGAUGGUCCAGCCCAAGGCCGGCGACCACCACCACAAGACGGGAGCUCACCACGGUCACAACCACGGCCACAACCACGGACAUGGACAUCAUGGGCGGAGUGGUGGUGGUUGGGAGAUCAUCAGCGAUCCCGUGCUGGCAGCCAAGGUCAGGGACAACGGGUGGACCGUCUUCGCCAGCGUCAGUUGGGCCCUGGUCAUGUACCUGUUCAGGUGGCAUCCAGAGACGCUGCAGUCGAGUCUGCGGAGCAGCAUGCACUACAUUUACGAGCAAUCGGACCACUGGGACUCGUUGCGGACGCUCAUCUGGCAUAACAAAUAA